AGGAAGGCAAGCAUGGUUCCAACAGUAGGGUACUUCGCCACCAGGGGAAAAGCUCAAAUGAUCCGGAACCUGCUGGUCUACAAGGGCGUCGAAUUCGAGGACAAGCGAUACCCGUUCGGCGGGCCUCCAGAUUAUAUAAGCUCCGCGUGGCGGGCUGAGAGGUCCUCUCUGGGUCUCAAGUUUCCCAACAUGCCCUACUACAUCGACGACGACGUCAAGCUAAGUCAGAGCAUUGCUAUCCUGCGCUACCUAGCCAGGAAACACGGCAUGGCUGGCAGGACAGACGAAGAAGUCACCGAGCUGGACUUCUUAGAGCAGCAGGCUCUAGACUUUCAAGACGUGGGCCGAAACAUGUUUUCCCCGGACGCCGAAGUGGCCCGAAAGUGUGAAGAGACGCUGGACGACCAACUUAAGCCCUGGGCCGAGUUCCUCCAAGGGCGAGUGUGGGCCCUGGGGGACAGACUCACCUACGUGGACUUUAUACUCUGCGAAGCCCUCGACUGGAUUCGCGGAAUCAAGCCAGCCGCUUUCGAGCAUUUCCCAAAUCUGCUCCAGUACCUCAAUGCGUUCGAUGAGCUGCCCAAUAUCAAGAAGUACAAAGCGUCGGAGAAGUACCACAAGCGCCCCAUUUUUCGCAGGAAGUGA